GUGGGGCACCAGGAGGGCCGGGUGGGUGGCGGAAGGGGAGGGCCGGGGGAAGUCGUUCCAGUGGGCUCUCUUCCGGCGCUAGGGGCCGGAAGUUGUGGCCCGGCCGUGUCAACGGGUGCUGCGGGCUGAGAGUGAGGCUGAGACCGCGACCAUGGGCGGGAAGAACAAGCAGCGGACCAAGGGGAACCUGAGGCCUUCAAACAGUGGCCGAGCUGCAGAACUCCUUGCCAAAGAACAGGGAACAGUACCUGGAUUUAUUGGUUUUGGAACAUUUCAGAGUGACUUAGGCUACGUUCCUGCUAUUCAAGGAGCUGAAGAAAUUGACAGUCUCGUGGAUUCUGAUUUUCGAAUGGUGCUGCGGAAACUUUCUAAGAAAGAUGUCACAACAAAAUUAAAAGCUAUGCAGGAAUUUGGAACCAUGUGUACGGAGAGAGACACAGAAAUUGUAAAAGGAGUUCUUCCAUACUGGCCAAGAAUUUUCUGCAAAAUUUCACUUGAUCAUGACCGCCGCGUUCGAGAAGCCACACAACAAGCUUUUGAAAAACUUAUCCUUAAAGUAAAAAAACACUUGGCUCCUUACUUAAAAAGUUUGAUGGGCUAUUGGCUAAUGGCUCAGUGUGAUACUUAUACACCAGCUGCUUCUGCAGCAAAAGAUGCCUUUGAAGCAGCUUUCCCUCCAAGCAAGCAACCUGAAGCCAUAGCAUUUUGUAAGGACGAAAUUACAAGUGUGCUGCAGGAUCAUCUUAUAAAAGAAACGCCUGAUACACUCAGUGACCCACAAACUGUUCCAGAGGAAGAGAGAGAAGCUAAAUUCUAUCGAGUUGUGACUUGUUCCUUAUUGGCAUUAAAGAAAUUACUUUGCCUGUUACCUGAUAAUGAGCUUGAGUCUCUGGAGGAGAAAUUUAAGUCUCUUUUAUCCCAGAAUAAGUUUUGGAAGUAUGGAAAACACAGUAUACCUCAGAUCCGCUCAGCUUAUUUUGAGUUAGUUUCUGCUUUGUGCCAGCGUAUUCCACAGUUGAUGAAAGAUGAAGCAUCCAAAGUGAGCCCAUCAGUUCUACUGAGCAUUGAUGACAGUGACCCCGUUGUAUGCCCCGCUCUCUGGGAAGCUGUGCUUUACACACUUACAACUGUUGAGGACUGUUGGCUUCAUGUAAAUGCAAAAAAGAGUGUGUUUCCCAAGCUGUCAGCUGUGGUUCGUGAAGGUGGUCGAGGUCUGGCUACUGUCAUAUAUCCUUACCUUCUGCCAUUUAUCAGCAAACUUCCUCAGUCCAUUACAGAUCCAAAGUUGGAUUUCUUCAGAAAUUUCCUCACCUCUUUAAUUGCAGGGCUAUCAACAGAGAGAACCAAAACCAGCUUUUCAGAGUGCUCAGCAGUAAUAUCUGCUUUUUUUGAAUGCUUACGUUUUAUAAUGCAACAAAACUUAGGUGAGAAAGAGAUUGAAGAGAUGCUCGUCAAUGAUCAGUUGAUUCCUUUUAUUGAUGCAGUUCUCAAAGACCCAAGAUUGCAAGAUGGGCAGCUGUUUAACCAUUUAGCAGAAACUUUAAAUUCCUGGGAAGCCAAAGCAGAUAUGGAAAAAGAUGAUAAAGCAGCUCACAACUUGGAGAAAGUGCUACUAAAUUUCUGGGAAAGACUGUCAGAGAUCUGUGUUGAGAAAAUCAAUGAGCCAGAAGCUGAUGUGAAGUCUGUUUUGGGUGUAUCUAACCUAUUACAGGUCCUUCAGAAGCCGAAGAGCUUAUUGAAGUCAAAUAAAAAAAAAGUUGGUAAGGUUAGAUUUGCUGAUGAGAGGCCUAAAAGUAAUAAAGAGAACGAAAAAUGUGUCUCCUCAGAAGGAGAGAACAGUGAAGUCUCUGAAUUAAUGGCUGAACCUUCUCUCACUCAUAAUUGUUCAGACAUUAUAUCUCCACUAAGGAAAAAACCUUUGGAAGACUUAGUCUGUAAGCUAGCAGAGAUGAGUAUUAAUUAUGUCAAUGAACAAAAGUCAGAGCAACAUCUAAGGUUUCUUUCCACUCUGCUCGACUCCUUCUCUUCAACGCAAGUAUUUAAAAUGCUACUAGGUGAUGGAAAACAGAGUAUUGUCAAAGGCAAACCUCUUGAAAUAACCAAACUUGCACAAAAAAAUCCUGCAGUGCAGUUUUUAUACCAGAAACUAAUAGGUUGGCUAAAUGAAGAUCAAAGGAAGGAUGCUAGUUUCUUGGUGGACAUUUUGUACAGUGCCCUCCGUUGCUGUGACAAUAAUAUGGAAAGGAAAGAUGUCUUGGAUGAUCUAACUGAGGUGGAUCUGAAAUGGAAUUCUAUUCUUCAGGUCAUUGAAAAGGCGUGUUCUAGUUCAGAUAAACAUGCUUUAGUAACUCCUUGGCUAAAAGGAGAUAUCCUUGGAGAGAAAUUGGUAACCUUGGCAGAUCAUCUUUGUAAUAAGGACUUGGAAUCCACAGGAUCUUCUGAAUCUUAUUUCUCAGAAAGAUGGACUCUUCUAAGCUUGGUAUUAUCCCAACAUGUUGAAAAUGAUUACUUGAUUGGAGAAGUAUAUGUUGAAAGAAUUAUUGUUAAACUUCACGAAACUUUAUCCAAAACAAAGAAAUUGUCAGAAGCUGAAAAUAAUGACUCAUCAGUGUCUUUUAUCUGUGAUGUGGCCUAUAACUAUUUCAGCUCAGCGAAAGGAUGCUUGCUAAUGCCAUCAUCUGAAGAUUUAUUAUUAACUCUCUUUCAGUUAUGUGCUCAGAGCAAAGAAAAAACACAUUUGCCAGACUUUCUUAUCUGUAAACUGAAAAAUACUUGGCUCUCUGGUGUGAAUUUAUUGGUCCAUCAAACUGGCAGUACAUAUAAACCGAGUACCUUCCUACGUUUGUCUGCUCUAUGGCUGAAGAACCAAGUUCAGUCUUCAUCUUUGGAUAUCAAAAGUCUUCAAGACCUCUUGUCUACUGUUGAUGACUUGCUAAAUGCGCUUCUAGAGAGUGAAGAUACCUAUCUUCUGGGAGUUUAUAUUGGAAGUGUAAUGCCAAACAACAGUGAGUGGGAAAAGAUGAGACAAUCUCUUCCUAUACAGUGGUUGCAUAGACCUCUUUUAGAAGGAAGAUUGAGUUUGAAUUAUGAGUGUUUCAAAACAGAUUUUAAAGAACAAGAUACAAAGAAGCUUCCCAGCCAUUUGUGUACUUCAGCAUUAUUGAGCAAAAUGAUAUUGGUUACACUGAAAAAGGAAAUAGUCCUAGAAAAUAAUGAGCUUGAGAAAAUAAUUGCAGAACUGCUCUAUUCACUGCAGUGGUAUGAAGAAUUGGACAAUCCAUCUAUUUUUCUAACUGGAUUUUGUGAAAUGCUUCAAAAAAUGAAUAUUACAUAUGAUAACUUAUGUGGACUUGGUAAUACUUCUGGCCUUUUGCAGCUGUUAUUUAACAGGUCCAGGGAAAAUGGCACCCUUUGGUCUCUUAUUAUUGCUAAGUUGAUCCUUUCCCAAAGCGUUUCAUCUGAUGAAGUAAAACGGCAUUAUAGGAGAAAAGAAGGUUUUUUUCCACUAACAGAAGGUAAUAUGCAUACCAUUCAAAGUCUCUGUCCAUUUUUGUCAAAAGAAGACAAGAAAGAAUUCAUUGCUCAGUGUAUACCUGCCCUUUUGGCCUGGACUAAGGAAGAUCUUUGCAGUACUAAUGGAGGUUUUGGACAUCUUGCCAUUUUCAAUUCUUGUCUGCAAACCAGAAGCAUAGAUGAUGAAGAGCUAUUACAUGGUAUAUUGAAAAUUCUAAUAUCCUGGAAGACAGAUCAUGAAGAUGUUUUUCUUUUCAGUUGUAAUCUAUCAGAAGUAAGUCCAGAGAUACUGGGUGUAAAUAUAGAAAUAAUCCGGUUCCUUUCCCUAUUUCUGAAAUACUGCUCAUCCCCUUUGGCAGAGAGUGAGUGGGACUUCAUCAUGUGCUCCAUGUUGGCUUGGUUGGAGACAACAAGCGAGAAUCAUGCACUGUAUUCGGUUCCACUUGUACAACUAUUCGCCUGUGUCAGCUGUGAUCUGGCCUGCGAGCUCAGUGCUUUUUUUGAUUCCACGACUCUGGAUACCACUGGCAAUCUUCCUGUAAAUCUAAUCAGUGAAUGGAAAGAAUUUUUUUCCCAAGGCAUCCACAGUUUGCUUUUACCUCUUUUGGUGACUGUUACAGUAGAAAGCAAAGAUACAUCAGAAACAUCCUUUCAGAAUGCAAUGCUGAAGCCCAUGUGUGAAACAUUAACAUAUAUCCCAAAGGAUCAGCUGUUAAGUCACAAACUCCCUGCGAGAUUGGUUGGUGGCCAGAAAACAAACUUGCCAGAAUAUCUCCAGACUUUGUUAAAUACAUUGGCCCCAUUACUCCUCUUCAGAGCUCGGCCUGUGCAAAUUGCUGUUUAUCAUAUGCUCUACAAGUUGAUGCCUGAAUUACCACAAUAUGAUCAGGAUAAUCUAAAGUCAUACGGAGAUGAAGAAGAAGAACCAGCCCUGUCACCACCGGCAGCACUGAUGUCUCUUCUUAGCACUCAAGAGGACUUACUAGAAAAUGUUUUGGGGUGUAUUCCUGUUGGACAGAUAGUUACUAUUAAGCCAUUGAGUGAAGACUUCUGUUAUGUUUUGGGAUACCUCCUCACUUGGAAAUUAAUACUUACUUUCUUCAAAGCUGCUUCAUCUCAGCUUCGGGCUCUGUAUUCGAUGUACCUUCGGAAAACAAAGAGUUUGAAUAAAUUGCUCUAUCACCUGUUCAGGCUUAUGCCAGAAAAUCCAACCUAUGCAGAGACAGCUAUUGAGCUUUCAAAUAAGGACCCUAAAACAUUCUUUACAGAAGAGCUUCAGUUGAGUAUUAGAGAAACAGCAACACUCCCAUACCAUAUUCCACACUUGGCUUGUUCAGUCUAUCAUAUGACAUUAGAAGACUUGCCUGCGAUGGUUAGGCUGUGGUGGAAUAGUAGUGAGAAGCGUGUUUUCAAUAUUGUAGAUAGAUUUACAAGCAAGUAUGUCAGCAAUGUUCUUUCUUUUCAAGAAAUAUCUUCUGUGCAAACAAGUACACAACUAUUUAAUGGCAUGACGGUUAAAGCUCGAGCCACAACUCGAGAAGUCAUGGCGACUUACACCAUUGAGGACAUAGUCAUUGAACUUAUAAUACAGCUGCCCUCAAAUUACCCGCUGGGGUCAAUAACAGUGGAAAGUGGGAAAAGAGUGGGAGUGGCUGUUCAGCAGUGGCGGAACUGGAUGCUGCAGUUAAGCACUUACCUCACCCAUCAAAAUGGAAGUAUUAUGGAAGGCUUAGCAUUAUGGAAAAAUAAUGUAGACAAACGUUUUGAGGGUGUUGAAGAUUGCAUGAUCUGUUUCUCAGUCAUUCAUGGUUUCAACUAUUCUCUUCCCAAAAAAGCCUGUAGAACAUGCAAGAAAAAGUUCCAUUCAGCCUGCUUGUACAAAUGGUUUACGUCUAGCAACAAAUCUACUUGUCCACUCUGUCGUGAGACCUUUUUCUGAAUUUUUGUUCCCCCAUUGGAAGUGGUCCUGAAGUAAAUCAAGCAAAGGCAGUGGAUUUGGAUCCACGUUAGAGUGUUCAUGUGAGGAGGCCAGUGAGCAUUACUUUUAAAUAGGACCUUCUCUGGAAAAUUAUUUUGCUUAAUGUAAUGAUCCUAAAAUCAGGUUUACUUAUCUUUAGAUUGCUUUGUAAAUGUUUGGAAACCUUUUCUUUUACAUAAGAAUAUUACAUAUUUGAGAGAAUAUUUAUAUUAAUAGUUUAAUCUCUUUGUAUAUUUAAAAAUAAAUAUGGGAAAACCCUAAAUUACAGAAUUAGAAUUUGUGAAAGCAUCGUACAACUGUAUUAUACUAAUAAAUCCAUUCAGAUUCUUGAUCUAUAUUCUAGGACAGUCCAAGUGAGGCAAAUGAAUUGAGAGGGUUGAUUUACAUCUAUAGACAUUUUAAGACUUAUUUAUUAGUUACGACAACAGAAUUAAUUAGUAUUCUGAUAUUUGUAGAUUAUUUUAAUGAUAAAAAUGACAACAUAGCUUAUCUUAAGCUAUUUGAAGCAUGCUCUGAAAUUCUGUAUAAAGAGUGUGAACUGAAUUUUAAGGUGCCUCUAUUUAUCAAGGGUUAUGAAAUUCCGAAAAUUAAAUUAUGACACUGACCUUUUGCUGUGGAAGAAGAAUUUCCAUAUAUUAGUGAAAUUUGAAUUGCAAACUUGUCAGUGAAUUUAUUACUCAGUUUGAGUGAGUCUCCAGAGGGUGAAAAUUUGAGAAAAAUAUGAUUUAGGUUAUUUCAUUCAUGAAGCAGAGAGGUAGUUAUCCCUUUAGUGAGAGGGAAGAAGUAAAUGAGUAUUUCUGAAAUUUAAGAUUGGUGGAAAAACAAAAAAUUUUAAAAUGUUGCAGGAGACUUUCAAUUUUGUAAGCAAAUUUUAUUACUCUUACUGGCCGGAAUUACACUAAAUUAGAGAUUUGAGAGAACUAAUUUUUUCUAGCCUUCGGAAGUGAAAGUUAAGAAUUUUAGUACUAAGUAAAAUUCAGUAUAAAAGGCUGAAGUGGAGUAGGUGAAAUCAGCACUAUUACCCUGAAAAAUUGUGCCCAAAAUAUAAAAGUGUAGAAGUUUGGAACUUGGAGUAAUUUUAUUGCAGUCUUCCAUUAAAUGGGAAAUACUAGCAUACCUAAUAGCAAGGUUACUUGAGAGAUCAGCUAAUCAUCUCUGUUGCAACUGUUUAAUUGGCAAAAAGCAACUCAUGUUAAAUAAAAUUACUGCUUACCAUCAACUGGGUAAAAUGGUUAUUAUUGACACAGUAUGAAUGUGGUCAGAGUAUUGUAGUCAAGAGUGAAAUAUUCCGUAUGAGUUACAGAUCUCUUGAGUUGUAUUUGUAGAUGCAGUGUCCUACCCAGUUUUGUCUGUCUCCUAAAUUUUUCUCUGUAAUAUUUAUUAUCUUCUAGCCUUGAGGCUCAAGGAGUCAGUAAGUGAAGUACAGAUAGCAAAAUUCUACCUCUUCUUAACCCCUUUCUUAAAAUAUUCUCCAUCUUUCUAUGUCUCUCUCUGACAUAGUAAUCCCAAAGGAUUGUAUUACUCCUCUGUGAAAGUUACACACUUUUCCUUUAAAAAUGGUUUUAUAAUAAGACUUUGUUUAUAGAUUUUCCAGUAUUGGUACUUCUUGGUUUCCAAUCCAAACCCCAAGUAGAAAAGAAAAGGGGGAAUAAUGGAGCAUUGUUUUUCCACGGUAGUAUUAGGGCAUCUGGGUCUUGGUGAAACACUGUAAUUAAGUGGGAUACCUACUCUUCAUACUUAGGACUCUUAACACAUUUCUUUGAGACUUGUAGAUAUAAAUGUAAAGCUUGUUACUGUUUAUAUGCUAAAGAAAAAGCUCUCCAAAAUGAGACUGAAUUCAGAAUACCACAUUAAUGAAAGUUUUAUUUAUAUAUAGCCUUGACAACACUAGAUAGCAUCCCUUAAAAUUCUAGCAUAAGGAAAUUUUAAAAUUGCAUGAAAUUCAAAGCCCAUUAGCAAAAUUAUUAAUUUAAAACCCCAAUGUAAAUUGCAAAUUUUAGAAUUUAUUUUUAACUCUUAUUUAUUACAUGCUCUAAUGUAUGUACAUAAGUUUCUGUGGUUUAAAUAAUUAAUGUUAUUACUUGAUAAGUUUUUGUGGUGUGAAUAAUUAAUGUUAUUAUUUGAUUGUUAUACCAUAUGUGCCCAUUAAGAUUCUUUUUAAUUAUAAAAUAUUUCAAAUAUACAGAAUAAUAAUAAUAAUAUAUAAAUGCCCUUGUACUCUUCACAAACUAUUUUGCCAUAUUUGCUUCUGAUUUUUAAAGAAAUAAAACGUUACUCUUUU